UGGGGGAGAAGACUCAUGAGAUCACCCCCAUAUUUAGGAGAGUUUGGUAUCUCCCGUUUCCUGGACACCCAAGAGACAACACAAUACCCUGUUCCAGCUGGCAUAAUUAGCACCGAGUCUCCGCCCCUAUUCCUCCUGCACAUUGGUCUCUGGGGAGCCAAAGACCCCAGAGUGACCUGGGUGUCACAGAGAUGUGGCAGGAGCGCCACACCCUCUGGGAAUAGAGCGGAGCUCACCACAGGCGAGGGAGGUAGUAUGGAGAAACCAGAGGGAAGCUCUGUGUCACAAGAUGAUGAGGACGGGUCUCAAGUCAACAAACCUGCCCAACUUCCUGAACUCAGCAGCCGUGCAGCAAAAUUCAGCAGACUUAACGAACAUCGCCACACAUCUCAUGACAGUGCAAGUCAAGACAGUCUCAGACGACCUUCUACCCACUCUACAGCGCCUUCUUGUUCUGACCAUGACCUUGACCUGAAGUCCACGCUUCCCUUGUCACCUUCCUCUCAAUGUACUGAUGUUCCACUACCUGAAAUUAAAUCAGCAACUGAAACUCACCAGUUUAUUACAUCUCCUGAAAACAAGAGGGCCCCAGACUUGGAAUGGACUUUUUAUCCAAGGUUUGGUCUUCACACAUAUCAUAUUGGGAAGCGAUGCAUAUUCAAUGGUCUCUUCCUCCGAAACAAAACCUCUGCAUCAGAAAGGAUGUUAGAAAUGCGUUUGGGAAGAAAAAAACAUGAAAUCGAUCACAGAAAUGGCAUUGCAAUGGUAACCCCCUGUGACAACUGCUACAGCUGUCCAGAACACAGCAGAAACUUUCACAAAUUUGGAUCAACAAGACCUGUGGUGAACUUUGGGUGUGCAACAUACAAAAGGAAAGCAGAUACAUUUAUCCCUCUCCAGCGCUUGUCACAGACUCCUUGCAUACCUUUCCAUGUGAAGGAGAAACAGCAAGAACUGGAGAUAGAAAGGAACGAUGUGAAAAAUCUAGACAGAUGGAAGCCAGCUCCAACACUGCUUCAGGCCUUGGGUGCUACUGUACUGGCACACAGAGUCAGACAGCGUGAAUCGUAGUGGAAAGUUCUUCCUAAAGAACCAUUCUGUAAGCCACUCAUAUCCCUGGUGACAUAACAUACAUGUGUGAACAGUGCUGGAUGUAACUUCUUACUUGGAUGGUCCUUUUAAUGUGUUGUAGCAACCACUGUAGAGAUCCUGUUUUCAGUGUUGACUUUGUAUUGGCUCCUGUUCAUGAUCACACCUGAACAGAAGCCCAAAACUACUGUCCCUCUGUCAGUCAUUCGAAGUUUAGCCAGGACCAGGCACAAAAAUGUGUUGUUAAUACCAAAGGACAGAAUAGUUUUUUGUCCCAUGUCAUAUUACUUUCUUCACACUGUUUCCAUGGAAUAAAGCUCAUUCGGGGA